AUGGAAAGUACUAAUUACGAUUUCAUUGAUUUUAUCAGAGACGAACAGGAAUGCAUACAAAUAAAAAACAGGGAAGUUUAUUGCAAACUUUUGGACAAAGAUGGCAGAAAUUAUGAAAUGUUUGUGGGUAUCGAAUACCUAAAUGGAAUUGGUGCUUUGUCACAAGAUGAUAUGAAUACAAUUUGCGAAAUAGAUCCGAUUGAAUUUAAUAAUGAUCAAGAUACAUCUGAAAGCGAGCCAGUGGAUGCCAACCAAAACCAAUCAGUAGAAGAUUCUGUUGAAAAUGGGUUUAUAUGGUCUAGCAAACGGCCUACACCAAAGGAUAACGAAGGGACGGAGACCUUCAUUUCUAUUGUAAUAAGUGAGGAAGUACAAAAAAAAAUGGUUGACAAGAAAACAGUAAAAACCAAAGUCUGGCAAACAGUAUAUUCUAAAAUGAAAGAAGCUGGAUAUAAUGUAGCAGACAACAUAAAAGAAGGUGGAAACAAAUGCUUCCAGAAGUGGCGAAAUUUGGAGAAGUCCUAUCAGAACCAUAAAGCUAGAUCAUUAAAAACUGGUAAUGGUUUUAUGAAGGCUCCUCCCCAUUAUGAUAUAUUGCACUGCUUUAUGGAAUCUAAACAUAAAAUUAAUCCACCAUCAGUAUUAGAUACAUUAUCAACUAACACUAGUACAAUGUCCAAAUGUAUUCCAAAUAGCAACGUUGGAAUGGUAUCAUCAGUUUCAUCGCCAGUCCCCAAUAAAUCCCUAUUUACUGACCUUUCUGAUAAUGAAGAUGAAGAACCAAAACUUUUGCCACCAUCAAUACUUCACAAUCCUAAAACAACUCUAAAGCCUACAAAUAAAUCUGACUUACUUAUUCAAACCAUAAACAAACAACAUUCAGAAAUGAUGAUGAUCCAGAAAGACCAACACUUAGAAUUUAUGAAAGUUCUUAAUGAACAAACUAAAUAUCGUGCCCAGAUGGCUGGAAUUUUUGAAACAAUUGCUAAAAGUUUGAGCAAAAAACCAGCCAAAAAAAGAAAACACGAUGUAAGCUCAUCUGAAUCUGAUUAGUUGUAUAUUCAUAAUUCAUAAGAUAUAUAUUAGUAUUUUCAUUUUAUUUUUUAAUUAAUUUCCUAAGGACUUUAUUUUUUAUUUUUUGAUAAGCAUAUGUAUUUGUAAAGUAACAAACAUGCGAGACUGAUUAUUUUGAUUAUUAACUAGUAGGUAUAUAAGACUAUUAUGAAAAAUCAUUAUUUAUUUUUACUAAGGAGUAAUUUAUGUUUUUAUUUUAUGGAUUUUAUUGUUUUGUUUUAUUAGUGUAUAAGUGUUGCAAAGUAGCAUUAUUAGAUUGUUAACUAUGAAUAAUA